GAUUCAUUUCAUUUUAAACUGUGCAUCGAAACGGAUCACUGGUGCAAACUUUUGCGGGCUCCGUUGGCCGCUGGCAAUCCGAGGGAACGAGUGAUACUGAGCGAGUGUGGCUGGAAAGGAUAUAGAAGUUACUCAGCGUGGUUGAGAGUUGUAUUGGGGGGUGGCCAACGUGAGGCCACUCAGUACUGUAUUGUACUCGCAGGAAGAAACAAGUGGUUCCCGUUGAGAUGAUGUGCGAAGGAUGUGGCCUGUGAGUGCUCAGUUUGACUUGUAGAAAGUGAUUUUCAUACCGCGACAAGUGACAAGCGGCGGAAAAUAAGUUUAACGCUGCAAACGUUGGAAAAGUUGAACAACAAUGACAGAGGAACUACAAACCCAGCAGCAAACUCAACAAUCUCAACCCCAACAGCAACAACAGAGCCAACCCCAGCAAAAGCAGCGGCUUGGACCGAACGACUAUCGCAAUUCGGAAUUUGUCACGAAACUAAUGGCUGCCAAUCCCCCUUAUCUAUAUUCACCGGCAAUCGGACCGCACAAUUUCUUUUUUAGUGAAAUGCUUCGAUCGUUGGUAGCAAACAAACGAAACGAAAGUCUUCGUAACGCUGAACAACUUCAUCAUCAUCAGCAACAUCAGCAGCAGCAACAACAACAACACGCUCAAGCACAGUCUCUAUCGUUACCGACUCGCAGACCUAGAAAGCGAUCCUGGUCGCAGCAUCGUCUUUAUCCUGAAUCACUCAAAGAAAGUAAGGACUCCGAAGAGAAAAUAUCUGGACAACCGGAAAAGCCACUAGAAUUGACUAACAAACUGUCAGCAUUCACACGGAAUAUAACGUCUAAAUACGACGACACUAGCGAUAACUACAAAUCGCCACCGGACACUAAGCCCCCUGACGAAAAGCCAACGUUGAACAAUAAUCUCAUCCAGGAGCCACCGUCAGCUUCCUUGCCACCGUCGGAUUUGAUAUUGCCUCCACCUCCACCGGUUUGGUAUCCUCCCCUCUAUCCACCCUACGGGAUUGAUCCACUUCAUUUCUUCAUCGAUCUACGCGUCUCCGGUCAUAUCUACGAUCGCAAAAAGGAGUUGACAUCUCCGGACUCGGACAGUUCGACUACAGCCGUCAAAAACGAACACUCGAAACUGAUCGGAACGAACGACCGUCAAGGGUCUGCUUUCAGUGUUCCGAAGCCACGUGACGGAUUGAAGCCUACCACUGCAAUCAAUCUGAGCUCACCUCCCUUGCCAUCAUCGGAAGGAGACGAAAAACCACCAACAGAUCAUACGGCGCUGUUCCUGAGCGAAUUCAAAGAGAAUAAGUACGACAUUAUUAAGAACACGAACUAUGUUAUGCAAAAUUUACCCCGAAUCUAUAGUGACUUGAAUCACACCCAGAAGGAAACCGGAGAAGACGAUGUAAACGGCAAUAUGAGUGACGAUCAGUUGGACUGCAAGUCCGUUGUGUCGAAUGAUGACUACAUCGGAGACGACGGUAAAUUUCCGGAUACCGAUUUGAACGUGAUUUCCGAUGAGGAUGAAUCGAUUGCUGUUGACGAGAAUUGAGCUUCGACUGAGGCAUUUCCCCUGGAUGUUAAUAUAAAUAUUGUUGUCGUGUUAUGAACCUAAUUAAUGAAGUGUAAUAAAAUCAUGACGCGGAUGAUUCAUUCGAUCAA